AGGUUCCGGAAACCCGUUCCCACCGACAGUUGGUCUCAACCAUUGGUGGCCGACAAGUGGCCCAACCCUUGCACUCAACUGCCAGUCUGGGCCCCAUUCAUGCAAAACAAGAAUUUCAGCGAAGAUUGUCUUUAUCUAAACAUAUGGUCACCGAAAGGAAAGGUAUCAUCGAAUCGGUUAAAGCCUGUGAUGUUUUUCAUACACGGAGGGGGUUUCAUAAUAGGGUCGUCCAAUGAAUAUCAUUAUAACGGAGAGGUAUUGGCCUCAAAAGGCGAUGUGAUUGUCGUUACAUUCAAUUAUAGAUUAAAUGGUUUUGGAUUCCUAUACACGGGAACUGAUGCCGGGCCCGGAAAUGCGGGUCUCUGGGAUCAGGUGUUGGCUCUGGAAUGGGUGCACAAGAAUAUCCUGAAUUUUGGUGGCGAUCCCAAACAGAUUACCGUAUUUGGCGAGAGCGCCGGCAGCAUAACUACCAGCGCUAUAAUCCUAUCCCCAGUCACUCGCAAUCUAUUCAAAAACGCUAUAAUGAUGUCGGGGUCGGCGUUGGGCGACACAGUAGGAGAUGCCUCCCAAAUGAGCCAAUAUUGGCUCAAACAGUCUAAACAAAUGGGUUGUAGUGACGAUAGAAAUCCCGCAAAAUUCACACAAAAAGUCAUAAACUGUUUAAAGACUAUAAGCGCCGACAGGUUAGUGAACUACACCUCGGGAUCCCUGGACUUCGUCGCCGGAAAUCGGUUGAAAAUAGUGUCUCAUAUCGUAGUCGACGGGGAAUUCCUACCGGAAAACCCAUUAAAAAUGCUAAAAUCGAAAAACUUCAAGAAAUCCCUAAACCUAAUGAUCGGUAACUGCGAGGACGAGGGGUCGUCCCUAUUGGCGCUGGUGGUCGACCCCAAAAAGUUUUCCCCCAAUAACCCGCCUCCUAUAACGUAUACGGAGGCUUACGAUCCCACUCAGAUCCUAUUCUCAUCCCUGGACGAGACACCGGCCAUCGAUGGCCAGGAAGUGUCUAAACUAUACUUCACGGGUCUGUCCGAUAAGACACCACAGGGUGUGCUCCGGCGUACGAUUGGGAAGGCGUUCGGCGACUACACCAUCACUUGUCCGACCAUUUUGUUUGCGAAAAGUUUGUUUAAAAAGGAUUAUAAGACGAGUCGUGUGUUUCAGUACUACUUU